AUGCACCAUCCCACACGACCCCGCGAAUGGUCUACGGGCGGGGCAGCCUGUUGGGCGCUGGGGGCGACUUUGGUGACCGGGUCUUCUGCGCACCUCAUCGGUGUCACAGGCUUUGGAAAUCCGCCGCUGGCAGGCUCCACCACAGGAGGGGCGGCGCCGACGACAAUACCGCUCACGGCGACCUCCGCCACGAGUGGGGUGUCCGUGACGUCCGUAGAGUGCUCCGUGUGGGAUGGGGGGAGGGCGCCAAGGCUGUUGCGGGGAUCGCGGAGAUUCUUCUCAGACAAACCUGCUGACGACGGAAACGGAGUCGGCGAAGCAAAGGUGUACAGCAAACUGCAUGAGGUACCACCACCACCACCCCGCACUUUCCGCCUUCAGCGUGGAGGAUGUUGCAGGGGACAGUACCGCCGCGGCGGGGCCGCCUCUCUCCAUUGCCAGCUUGGCUGA